AUCGAUAGAGGGGCCGCGACCACGUAAACUGUGAGAGUUCGAGAAAUAAUGAAGAGCAGGUCACCGUCGACCGUCCACCCACCAACAAAGGUCGGGCUAAGCGAUGCUCAAAAGCCAUGUGUUGUGAUUUCUCAUGCCCAGUCUAACACACACCUUCACACGGGAAGGAGGAGGUGGCCCUGUGGCUCUCCGUUGGACAGUGCCAGUGCCACUUGAGACUCGCUCGCGCAUGGACAUAGAGUUACCCUCGCAAGACGUACGAGAAAAGUGUUUGAAUAUAGUGUUUUUUUGGUGGGAUUCGAAUUUCGAGUUUCCCCUUCCCGAAAGGAUAUACGAGGGAAAGUAUAUUCCAAGAUGUUUGUCUCUAUUUCUGGAAAGUUAUGCAAAGAGGUGAAUAACAGUUGAGUGAUUUCACGGACUGACCGCAGCAGACGGAAGGAAGCCCCCGAAGGAACCCUUUUGCCCCCUUCCACGUGGGGGAUCGAAUAUCCUCGCGGGCACGCCCCCCUCCUUCGCCUCUCUCUCUCGGGGCGAAAGUACCGCUUCGCCGCCGCACUUCGGAGAGGUCGAGGAUCUCCCCCGCUUCCCGCGUCUCCUUCGGCGUCCUUCGGUCCUCUUCGCCUGCAGGAUGCUGCCCCAGGGCCUCAAGGAAGCGCCCGUCGAACACCCGCUCUCCGCCGGCGCCCCCUUCGGCUCCCUGGCGGUGGAUGACACUUCGUCGACGCCCUACUCGGAUGCGACACAGACCAAGAAGCACCCUCCGAACCACAUCAAGCGCCCGAAUGAAAUGCCUUCAUGGUGUCGGUCGCAGAUGGAGCGCCGCGAAAUAGUGAAAUUCGCGCCCGACACACACAACGCCGAGAUCUCCAAGCAGCUGGGGCGCCGCUGGAAGCUGCUGACGGAGGAGCAGCGCCGCCCGCCCGAGGAGGCCGAGCGGCUGAAGCAGCCCCUCCGCGAGUACCCCGACUACAAGUACCGCCCGCGCAAGAAGUCGAAGGAUCCGCUGAAGGGCGUGUCGGAGCGCAGCGGCGGCAAGGUGGCCAAGGUGCACCAGAUGAACAGCAUCUGCAAGGAGUUCGCCAGCAGCAUCAAGACGAGCGGCAAGGACUGCGCGCAGGCGGGCAAGACCGGCCUGCCGCAGGGGCACCAGAUGGACAUGCAGGCGCUGGACGACCCCGUCGGGUGGUCGCUGCCGCUCACGCCGACGUCGCCGCCGCGCGUGCCCACCAGCCCGACCACCUCCGACCUGCCCGACUCGCCCGAGAGCGCCUUCAACUUCGACGAGCACACCUUCGUCAGGUCGACGUCCUUGGCGCCGACGCAGACGUACUGCGCGAGGAUCGAGAGCAUGACGCGCUCGUCCGCCGCCUUCCACAGCGCCGUUCCGAACGCCCUCGCGUCGCCGGGCAGCAGAGAAAGGCCGCGGCGACCGGCGGCGCUUUCGGCGGCGCGCCCCCGAGACAGCCGCCCUUCGCGCCCGGCUUCUUCCCCGAGCAGAAGCUGGCCAACGGCUUCCUCAAGCACGAUUCGCUCGCCAACAUGAGUUACCUGAAGCAAGAGCCGGAGUUCGCCGA